AUGAGAGAGAUUAUGGAGAAAAUCCAAAGUACCACUCAUGGAUCUGGCUGUUUUGAGCACCCGGCGCCUCCGGAACAAAGCAGAACACCCAUCUCUGCUGCGGUCAGUCGCUUCCUGAGAUUUGGAGCCAUCGCCCUCAUCGUUGCUGCAGUGUUGAUGUUGUGUGCAUCGGUGGCUGUUCUCUACCUGUGGAGGGUGAGCAAUAAAAACGUUUAUAAUGUUCGUUACAGUAUGAACAUCAAUGGGGAGGUGAGGCAGGGCUCCGUGGAAAUUGAUUCAGACAACAACCUGGAGAGAUUUCAAACUGGGAGCGGAGCUGACGAAGCCGUGGAGAUUCAUGACUUUCAAAUUGGAAUAACCGGAAUCCGCUUCCUUGGAGGAGAAAAGUGCUACAUAAAAUCCCAAAUCAAAGCCAAUCUUCCACACAUGGGAGCUCAUAACAAAGAGUCGCUGAUGUUUGACAUGACUGAUGAAGUCAUUCCAGUGAGCUUUGGAGAGAAGGUCCUAUUGUGGGUUUCUGCAGAACAGCCGCUGAAGGACACCAGCUUUCUGAGCAACCAAAUCCUGGGUCUUUGCGCCAAUCUUCCCAUUUACUGGCUCUAUUCAAAAGAUGGGGAGAGAAGAAAGAGAGACACUCGGCGAGCCAAACGGCAGUUUAACAUAGAGAGGACAGAGACAGCUGCCGAGGAGAGGAGCCCGGUGAGUCACACAGAGGACGACACCUCCAGAGUCGUGGAAGAAGAGGAGGGGGCCCCCUCUGCUGCGGGGUCAGCGUACAAUCCCGAAAACCCUUAUCAUCGCAGCGGCGGAGGGCCCGGAGAGGAAAGAGCCAUGACCUUUGACACCAUGUUGGACCACCAAGGGAUCUGUUGCUCAGAGUGCCAACGCAGCUACACUCACUGCCAGAGGAUAUGCGAUCCUCUGCGCGGGCACUGGCCCUGGCCGUACCACUACAGGGGAUGCCAGGUAGCGUGCCGAGUAAUCAUGCCCUGUCGUUGGUGGGUGGCACGCAUUUUGGGGUUGGUGUAAGAAAACACGCAACACUUGGGAGGGAGCAUGUAUUUUCUCUUCUUCGUGUUUUUUUAAAGGCUGACAAGGUCUCUAAACGUUCAGCUUCUUUACAGUUAUGGAUGAAAAAGUUCAUAUUCUGUGCUCUAUUUUAGCUGUUUAAUCCAAAAUGAUGUCAGAAACGCCCGUUAGAAUGAACCCCAGACCAUGAGGAUCAGUAUGACUAUCUAUAUACUUCUUUUUUUUUUCAUGGAUUUACAAUGUUGAACUUCCAUCCAGACAAAAUAUUUGUCAUAUAAAACAGGUGCUUUUCCUCUGUAGGCUGCUUCUUUCCUUUUUGGUAAAACUGGAUGGAACUGGAACACAUGGCACAUUCCUGUUAGCAGCAACAAAUUCACAAACGAGCUCCUCCAUAUUUGCAUCAUGUAAUACCAAGGCUUAAUGCGCUGUACUAUGUUAAAUGAAAGGUAUGGGACUGAAUCCAAAGGCUCAGCAGAUCAUGUACCUUUUCUGACUGAGUAGGCUCCAAUAAAUUUUAAUUACAGUAUAUGCCGGCUUUGAUGUGGAUGCUUUUUGUGCCACAUCUUGUUUCCAUGGUUCCACAGUGUGCUUUUCUGAUAAAACUGA